GGUAGCUUUUUGAGGAAGAAGGAGAGGAGGAGAGAGAUGGAGAGGGGAGAGGAAGAAGGAAGAGGAGGAAGAAGAUACUGCGUGACAGGAGCCACAGGGUACAUCGGAUCAUGGCUCGUCGAGUCCCUUCUUGAACGAGGCUUCUUCGUCCAUGCCACUGUCAGAGAUCCUGCAAAGUCAAUGCACCUAGUGUCCCUGUGGACGGGGAGUGAACGGCUGAGAUUGUUCAGGGCAGAUUUGGAAGAUGAAGGAAGCUUUGAUGAGGCACUCCAAGGCUGUGAUGGCGUCUUCCAUGUUGCUGCUUCAAUGCAAUUCCAUGUCCCUCCUCAUCACCAUCACAAUAUUGAAGCCUAUGUUGAAGCAAACAUACUUGACCCUGCGAUCAAAGGAAUCAUCAACGUUCUAAAAUCCUGCUUGAAAUCCAAAUCUGUGAAACGAGUCGUUUUUACAUCUUCCAUAAGCACCAUCACUGCCAAAGACAGCAAUGGCACGUACAAGCCCAUUGUUGAUGAGUCUUGUCAGAUUCAAGCUGACCAAGUAUGGAACACAAAAGCCACUGGAUGGGUUUACGCACUUUCAAAGCUUUUAGCAGAAGAAGCAGCAUUUAAAUUUGCACAAGAGAAUGGCAUUGAUCUUGUAUCAGUCAUAACUACAACUGUUGCAGGCCCAUUUUUUACUGCUUCUGUACCAUCAAGUAUUAAAGUCCUUCUAUCACCAAUAACAGGUGAAAGUGAGUUCUUCAAGAUAUUAUCAGCCGUAAAUUCGAGAAUGGGGUCAUUAGGUGUAGUUCACAUCGAAGAUAUAUGCAGUGCCCACAUAUUCCUAAUGGAGCAUGCCAGAGCAGAGGGUAGAUACAUCUGCUGCAGUGAAAGUUGUUCACUGUCCAAAUUAUAUAAUCUUCUCUUCCAAAAGCAUCCUUGCUCAAAUACUCAGAGAAUUGCUGAUAAAAGUGAUAACAAAGUUGAUCCUGAGAUAUCCUCAAAGAAGCUAAAAGAUUUGGGAUUUAGCUACAAGUAUGGACUUGAGGAUAUAAUUCAUCAGGCAAUCUUGUGCUGUCAAGAUUAUGGUUAUUUAUCUCCUGUAAGCCAGUAGAUUAUCCUCUAUCAUUUCUAGCUGUUUGUACAUAAAUAUCUUUGUAGAUUCAUUGGGUUUUGAAUGGAUGUUCAAACGCAAUAAAUGUGGUCAUAUCUUUACCCAAAACUCACUUAAUUCCUUCUUGAAUGUUUGGUAUAUGUUACUUUCCAUGCAGUUGUAAGAUUCAUAGCUAUCAUUAAAUGAUCAUGAGAAAUGGAGGGCGUAGUUCCCCGGAAAA